AUGGCGGCUCCGGCGGCGCGGAAAACAAUGGGCUCGGGGCGCCGCCACCAGCGCUGCUUCCAGGCAAGCCAAGCGCGCCGGCAAGCUGCUGGCAGCCGCUCCGCGCGCCUGCCCGCCCUGGCCUCGCGCCUCGACGCCGCCGACGUUUCCGAGCACGGCCGCCCCGUCGCGCAUCUCCAUGACACGGUGAAGAGGAGCCUUGAUAGUACCACCUCCCCACAGAAUGGCGGUCAGCAGAAUGGCUAUGGAGACCUCUUUUCUGGGCAAAAGAAGACCCGCCGGGAGGCUCCCCUGGGAGUAGGUGUCUCUUCCAAUGGCCUGCCUCCAGCCUCCCCCCUCAGUCAGCCUGAGGAGCCUGGUGCAGAGGCCCUGCAGGCCAGCGGGAAGCACUCGCUGGGACUGGACUCCAUGAACAAGAAGUGUCUGGCAGAUUCGCACCUCCACCUGAAUGGAGGCAGCAACCCCAGUGAGUCAUUUCCUCUGAGCCUGAAUAAAGAGCUGAAGCAGGAGCCUGUCGAUGAUCUGCCUUGCAUGAUCACAGGGGCCGGAGGCUCCAUAUCCCAAAGCAACCUCAUGACUGACCUCAACCUGAACGAGCAGGAGUGGAAGGAGCUCAUCGAGGAGCUGAACAGGUCGGUGCCCGAUGAAGACAUGAAGGAUCUGUUCACUGAGGAUUUUGAGGAGAAGAAGGACCCAGAGUCCUCUGGUUCUGCCACACAGCCCCCCUUGGCACAGGACAUUAAUAUUAAGACAGAAUUCUCUCCAGCAGCCUUUGAACAAGAACAGUUAGGCUCUCCACAAGUGAGGGCUGGGUCUGUAGGACAGACCUUUAUGGGUCCUUCAUCCGGGCCUGUGAGCACAGAUUCAUCCAGCCUAGGGGGCUCUCAGCCUCUGUUCCACACCUCUGGUCAGCCCAGGGCAGAAAAUCCCAGUCCCAACCUGAUGCCGGCAUCAGCCCAGGCCCAGAAUGCACAAAGAGCCAUCUCCAGUGUGGUGCUGCCUAGCCAGGGCCCAGGAGUGGCCUCAGAGCUGUCCUCUGCCCACCAGCUCCAGCAGAUCGCCGCCAAGCAGAAACGCGAGCAGAUGCUCCAGAAUUCACAGCAGCCUGCCCCAGCACCAGCACCAGGCCAGAUGUCCACCUGGCAGCAGACGGGCUCCUCCCACAGUCCCUUAAAUGUUCCUUACACCAUGGAGAAGCCUGCCAGCCCUCCCAGCUACAAGCAAGAGUUCACCAACUCCAAACUGCUCAUGAUGCCCAGUGUGAACAAGAGCGCCCCUCGUCCCGGAGGCCCCUACCUCCAGCCCAGCCAUGGAAACCUGCUGAGUCACCAGCCACCAAGUAACUUGAGCCAGAACGCCAUGGCUAACCAAGGGUCGAUGCUGGACUAUGGCAACACCAAGCCCCUUUCUCAUUACAAAGCGGACUGUGGGCAAGGCGGCCCUGGGGUUGGUCAGAGCAAGACAUCCCUGAUGGCUUAUCUUCCCCAGCAGCUCCCUCAUCUGAGCAAUGAGCAGAACUCUUUGUUUCUGAUGAAACCAAAGCCGGGAAAUAUGCCCUUCCGAUCUCUGGUUCCACCCAGCCAGGAGCAGAACCCUCCCAACGUCCCUGUGCCAGCCCAGGCCUCCAGCGUGGGGACCCAGCCGCCCACUGUGUCAGCGGCCAGCACUCACAGCAGCACCCCCUAUCUCAGUGGCCAGCAGCAGGCAGCUGUAAUGAAGCAGCAUCAGUUGCUUUUGGAUCAACAAAAACAGAGGGAGCAGCAGCAAAAGCAUUUGCACCAACAGCAGUUUUUGCAAAGGCAGCAGCACCUUCUGGCAGAGCAGGAGAAACAGCAGUUUCAGCGCCAUCUGACCCGCCCACCACCCCAGUACCAAGACCCGACACAGAGCACCUUCCCACAGCAAGUUGGGCAGUUCACAGGCUCUUCUGCCGCCGUGCCUGGCAUGAACAACUUGGGUCCGUCGAACUCCAGCUGUCCUCGAGGAUUCCCUCAGGCCGGGAAUUUGAUGCCAAUGGGCCCUGGACACUCGUCAGGUUCCUCUCUCUCCUCCAACUCAGGCCAGCAGGAUCGGGGUGUCGUUCAGUUCACUGGCUCCCAGAGCAUGCCGCAGGGCAGCCUCUAUGGCAUGGCCUCUGGCAUAACCCAGAUAGUUGCCCAGCCCCCACCACAGGCCACCAAUGGACAUGCCCACAUUCCACGGCAGACCAGCAUGGGCCAGAACACCUCAGUCUCAGCUGCCUAUGGACAGAACUCUCUGGGGAGCUCUGGCCUCUCCCAGCAGCACAAUAAGGGGACCCUGAACUCUGGUUUAACUAAGCCACAGGUCCCAAGGGUGUCGGCAGCCAUGGGAGGCCAGAAUCCUUCCUGGCAACAUCAGGGAAUGCCGAACCUGAGUGGCCAGACCCCAGGAAGCAACACCAUAAGCCCUUUCACGGCAGCCUCCAGUUUCCACAUGCAGCAGGCCCACCUGAAAAUGUCCAGCCCGCAGUUCUCCCAGACGAUGCCCAGUAGGCCCAUGGCCCCCAUGAGCUCAGCAGCUGCAGCGGGGCCCAUGUUGACUCCCGUGAGUGCGCAGCAGAGGACCAGUGCCCCCGCCCCAGCACCUCCCCAGGGAGCCCCACAACAGGGCUUGCCAGGCCUGAGCCCUGGUGGGCCUGACCUGGGGGCCUUCAGCCAGAGCCCUGCCCCACCCAUGGGCGGCCGGGCAGGGCUGCACUGCACCCAAACCUACCCUGUGCGGACUUCGGGCCAGGAGCUGCCCUUUGCCUAUAGCGGGCAGCCGGGUAGCAGCGGGCUGUCCAGCAUGGCUGGGGACGCCGAUCUGAUCGACUCCCUGCUGAAGAACAGGACUUCGGAAGAGUGGAUGAAUGAUUUGGACGACCUUUUGGGGCCUCAGUAAUGGGAGGAUUUAUGAUGUUUUCAGUGUUCAUACAUCCUGUAUUUUUGUUCUCAUAUUCAACAAUGAGCAACUAUUUGGACCAAAAGCUCACAGCCCGGUGUGCUGGGUGGGUAGAGCAAAGGCUGAGGCUGAGGCCCCACCUGGCCAGGAUCUGCAGAGCCCCCUACUCCAACCCAGUGGUGUGGUCUGUCGGGCUGGCCCCAGGCCAUCUGCUGGCGUCAUUACCUGGUGUUGGGACAGCAGGACAGGGUUCUACAGUUGGUUUUCUAUCCAAAUGACCAAAAAAAUGACAGUUAUAGCAGUGAAACCCCACAACGUCAGGCUUAUAAAAAUCUGUGCCACUUGCCCUAAUGCUGGGAACAAGUUUUUGUUGAAACUAUAUAGCAGAAUUACUUGCAAUUUGUAGCAUAGUAAAAGAUGAAAUUUUUUAAAGUUUAAAGCAGAAUAGGUGGUGGUUUGAGUUGAUUGGGUGGCAUUGGAAACCUAGGGCUUCCUUGGAAGAGCCUUUUUUAUUCUUGCUCUUGGUCAGCUUUCAGGGAGUGUCACUGGAAACCUUUUCUGUAAGUAAGUCUGUGGCUGCGUGCGCCAGGGGCUCAGGAUGCUGCGAGAUGGCAGGGCCCCUCCCCCAGAGCGCGUGCUUCUGGGGACCCUGGUGGAGGAACCCUUCCUCCCAUGCCUGGCAGCAGGCCCCGGGCUCAACACCGAGUGGGAUGAUUAGGAUUCCUGUGUCCCUUCUGUUGUACUUUCCCACCUUCUGCAGUUAGUUUCUCUGACAGCGUGUAUUUAAUGGAUUAGAAGGUGAUCAUUGAGUUGUG